GUUCGAAACGUUUGAUUAGGAAGGACUGCAAGAGCGCGCACGCUGGAAAGGGAAAGUCUGUGAUAGGCUAGUCUAGUGUUUUAGCACCGGAGACGGAGGCUUUCAGACGCCUGCAUGUUCGCGGAGCAAUGACUUGCUUCUGGCAUGGUGGCUGGCGUCUUGAUCCGGCCGAACGAGGUCAACUUGGAGGGUAAUGGUAAUGAUCUUCGAGUAGGUGUGAAAGGGUGCCAGAGACCAAAGAUUGCAUGGCGUUUUGGCUAACCACAGACUAAGACGGCGUGGGCGGGCUGUCUGUGGUAUUCGUCGGACGAGUAUAAAGGCCCCUCUUCUUGCCGGGCUUUUCUGGUCGUCACUGGUUCAGCAGCCUCUGUGGAUUCCCCUCGUUUUCGCCCUUCCAAGACUAAAGACACACUCGCUCGUUGUCGAUCCAUUGCUCCGUCUGUCCAUUCACCAUGAAGUUCCUCACUAGCAUCCUGCUCUUGGUCGCGCCCAUUGCCCUUGCCCUCCCUACUUCCGAUGCCACCCUGGAGGUGAGGCAGAGCUGCUACGUGCAAUGCGGUAACACCUGCUACUCGUCGAACCAAAUCCAAGCUGCUCUCAACGCCGGAUUCAACUACUACAGCAACGACGACCAGGCUGGCAGCUCGACGUACCCUCACAGGUACAACAACUACGAGGGAUUCGACUUCCCCGUCUCCGGCCCGUACCAGGAGUUUCCGCUCAAGACUUCGGGUGUCUACAGUGGCGGAUCUCCUGGUGCCGACCGUGUCAUCUUCAACACUCAGGGCCAGUUGGCUGGAGAGAUUACACACACUGGUGCUAGUGGCAACAACUUUGUUGGUUGCUCGGGAACUUCGUAGAGAAGCCAGAUCUGUGGCUGGGCGGGGAUGAAGCAGAAGCGUUGGACUGACGGUAUGCGGCCGUUUGGUCGACUAGAGGACGGGCUUGUGGGAGGGCAUUGCGUAUACCCAGCGAGGAUGAUGUCUGUGCCAGUGAUAUCCAACUCUGCUUACCUGUAGCGUCGAGGUGUUGUUUGUAUCGCGUUAGCUGUGCGUUAGCUAUAUGAAUGUAUGCAUUAUGAACG